ACUAGACCCCGUAGAAAGAGUCGAGGAUAAGUCCCGCAGAACCUUCUGGAUUCUCUAUCCUCUAAACUCUUCGGAAUCUUCCUAUUAAAAACACACCAAACCCAUCAAAACCAAAGCACCACACAAAACCAACAACAAAAUUUUUGGCUGAUAAGAAAGAAAGAACUAAAAAUCAGCAAUGGCUGAUAGCAUAUUUGGUCACCCUCUGAGGCGCUUAUUCUGGAGCCCUCCGAUCUUCCGGGAGUGGUCUGGAUCAACGGCUCUCAUGGACUGGCUUGAGUCCCCUUCUGCCCACAUCUUCAAAAUCAACGUUCCAGGUUUCAGCAAAGAGGAGAUAAAGGUGCAAAUAGAAGAGGGAAACGUUUUGCACAUUAGAGGUGAAGGUGAGAAAGAGGAGUCCCAUCAGAAAGACACUGUUUGGCAUGUAGCUGAGAGGGGAACAGAAAAACGGGGCUUUUCUCGGGAAAUCGAAUUGCCGGAAAAUGUAAAGGCGGAUCAGAUAAAAGCUCAGGUGGAAAAUGGUGUUCUGACCAUAGUUGUUCCCAAAGACACAACUCCAAAGCCUUCCAAAGUGAGAAACAUCAACAUCACUAGCAAGCUCUAAGCUCACUCAACAUCACUAGAAACUUCUCAACUCCAAAGGCUUGAUAGAAAAAUGUCUAUGUGCUUAUGUGUAGUUUGUGAAUUUCUACGGGUGUUGUUGUAAUAAAAAUAAUCUUUCAACAGGAGGAACCUGUUCACUUCCAGACAUAACAAAAAAUAAUGUCUCCACUUUGCAUAGAUGAAUAAAAAUAGAGAAUGAUCUUCUAAACUGGCCAAGAUCAA